GAGAGAAAGAACAAGGGAAGGCAUGGAAGCAACACUAAUGUAAGAAUAUGUAGUAUCUGCUGUAGAAUUACAGUAGCACUGGUAGGGAAAAAAAAAUUGAUGGAGCGAAAAUGGAUGAAGGACGGACCGUUGAAUUUUUUUUUGAGCAGCUGGGGGUCACCAGCAGGAGCCCUGUGUCAGCACUUCAAAUCCUGAACCGCAGACAACAAUAACAUCCAAGAAAUACUUACUACUUGACUCUCAACUGUAUGAGAGAUGUGCAUAUGAAGUUUGAAAAUCAGAGAGUGAUUGGAAGUGUUCCUGUGCAUGAGGUCUUUCAGGUACACUUUAUGCAGUAUUAUGCAGUAAAAAUGAGAUGGAAAAAAAAACUUUAUGGGAAAUUUUUCUUAUUGGUACCACGGAUGGAAUAUCGAUUUCGAUGCGUUGCGCACCCCUCCUAAAUUAUGACCCCUGACGUAUGGUACAUCAGUUUUUCAAGAUUCUUACGCUUUGAUUUCUGAUUUCCGCGUCUCAUUCCGUCAGCAGCUUACUGUAUUCACAUGGAGGACAAGGAUGUAGAAAACCCAGCUCUUUCUCCAACCUCUAUUAUCAGUGCGCAAUCGAUCCCAACUUUAUAGCCAACGUACCGGUAGGUGAGGAUGAGAUGACGAGAUAACCGCAGCCACACCAACUCGACGUGAAACACAACUCGAUUCCAUAGAUUACUCCACCCAUCCAUCCAUAAAUCCUUUCGCGGAAAUGAGACGGAAGGACAACCCACUGCCGUCGCUGCAUUUUUCUUCGCUGGUGACUCUGUACAUAGCAGUUUCGGUGCUAUUGAUCGCCCGCCACGAUCGAUCCCCGACUACCACGAUGGCGUGGACGAUGAUCCGUCGGUCGUGCCGGCAAUGGUUUCCCUCCCGCAACCAGAUGCGGCGAACGGGGACGAACCACCACCAACAACGUGCACACAAACACGCGACAACGUCCCCGGGGCUGUGGACCUCGGCGGCACCCUCGGCAGCGGGUUCUUCUUCCGCAAGAACCUUUUUGGAUUCCAGGCAACACCGGCACCGAUCCUGGGGCAUGCACGCAGCACAUAAACCAUCUCACGACGGCGGCGACCACUACUCGUCGUCCGUGUCGAGAAAAAACAGACGGCGACCACGCCGUCUGUCGUCGUCUCUGGCCGCAACUACUUCCGCAUCGUCGUCGUCGUCUCGCUUGUAUCGGUAUCGGGACUUCUUGGAAAAAGGUGAACACGAUCGCAUCGUUCUUUCCUAUUUGACAGACAUCGAGGGGGACAAGUUUUACCUGGAUCGAUACGUCGACAACUCGAAAAUACUGACCUGGAUCCCCAGCGACGACGACGCAGAGCCACCGGGCAACGACACCGAGCAGUCCCCGUUUUCGCUCUCCUAUUAUUCCUGCAAAGAAUAUCCCCCGGCGCGUUUUCCAUACAAUCGAAGGAUGGACUUUGUGGAUUCCAACAGCAUGCUGGUCUUUGGGGGCGAUCUAUGGGACAAGGGUGGCUUUGAUUUGUACGUGACCCGGCAGCUGAUGGAUCUCAAGCGGCGGUACCCGGAUCGGGUGGUCUGGGUCCUGGGAAACCGGGACAUCAACAAGCUGCGGAUGAUGCAAGAACUGGGCUUGCCACCAGCCGAAUCGUCCACCGACAAGAGCAAUACCGGUGCUGCUGCGGCGAGCAAUUUGUCGGUUCCUUAUCACCCCGGACUCACCUGGUUUCGGGGAAGCGGAAGGGUAGGGGAUCCCAGCGGUCCUCUGCCAUCGAUGGUUCCCGGGGACCGACUGAGAUGGAUUCUGGGAAACACUAUGGGAAGCCCGGAUGCCAUGGAGCAUCGGAGGCAGGAACUGGCCUGGGAGGCGGGGGGCUGCAGGGAGACCGGCGGCACAAGUGCCGCCAGUUCUGCCGAAGGAAUCUCCGAUUGCGACGUGGUUCGUUCCUACCAAGAAUCCUGUCACCCCAGGGGAGAAAUGGGAAGGUUCCUGGCGGAAGGCCUGCUUGCGGCCAAGGUCGGACCGAUCUUGUUUGUGCACGGAUCCCUCCCCCUCACCAAGGACACCAUGGAGCGGGGACUCCGCGACGGCGGGGACGGAAGCAACAUCUGGGACGACCUGACCUUUUGCAUGCCGUGGAUCAACAAGACGCACCACGAGUACAGCGAGGACCACAGGUUCGAAUCGGCGUCGGACCUGGGAGUGGAAACCAUCGAGGAUUGGCUGGAUGCGGUCAACCGCUUUGCUUCCCGAAACGUCGAGGCGUGGGAACGGGACAUUGCCCGGCUGGAACGCGAGGCGGGGCAACAAGCGACGAACGCCACGCACAACGCCAGCGAUGGGGUCGAGGAAGAGUCGAAAGAUUCCAUCUGGGCCUACCGAGCCGGAUACGGGAACGGGCCGUCGCACUCCGGCAUCUACUAUUCGGACCUGGUCCAGUACGGAAUGGGCAUGAUACCGGGUGGAAAGAAGAACCCAACCGUUGUGUACAAUAGCUUUACCCCCGAGGGAAUGCCCACGUUUUUCCUGCCACCCGAAGAAAGUGGUGGCACCAACGGCGAUUGCGAAGAAGCUCUGGGCACGGAGCACGCUAGCGAACGAGACUCGGGCAACAAUCCCUCGAGUUCGGAAUCGGACGUGGCCAUCUGCACCCGGCAAUUCUUCGAGCGAUCCUCGAUGCGGUUGAUUCUGACCGGUCACAAGCCCCAGGGAGACAUGCCCAGCCCCAUCCGGGUGGACCGUUCCUCGUGGGUGAUCUGCGCCGACACGAGCUACUCGGGCGACACCAAGUGGUUUCACGACGAGCGCAACGCCACGAACCCUUCCAAGAUGGAGCGGAGAAAGCGCCAGGAAGAAGAGCAGCACGAAAAGCGAAAGCGGAGCAACUUGGGGCGGGGGAAUUCCAUUAGUUUCCGGGGUGAGACCGCCGUGAGCGAGGUGCUCGUGGAGCUUUCGGGGAAAGACCUCUCCCCGGAGAGCGUUUCGUACCACGGAGUCCUCAGCGAUGGAACGGAGUACGAAAGCGUGAAUCUCUUGGACGAUGGCGAGGACGAAAGUGGUGCUGUUUCUGCGGACGAUGCCGGUAGCAACAGCAACGGUUCUGGCAGUUGUGGUUCGUUGGAUUCCAUGCCGGCAACGGCCGCGAUUUUAGGGAGGGUGGCGCCCACCAAUAUGGUUCCCGAUCCGUUGAACUCUCCCCACGAGGGACGAUGGUGGACAAAGGGAAUCUGUCGCGAUGGAUCGCAUCUUUACUACGCCGGGGAAGGCUACAACGUCUGGAACUACAUAGUCUCCCCUUCCGACAUCGAUGGCAAUAGAAGUAACACCAAAUAUAUCGAUAACACAGCCUCCGAAAGCGACGCUAAAAAGUAGAAAAUGAAUGCAUUACCAUGCC